AGCCGCAGCUCCCUUUGCCGACGGGUUGAUCGAGGGAGUGAAUGUCUGUGUGAGUGUGUGUGUGUGUGUGUAUGUGUGUGAGUCUGUGAUUGUGUAGAUGCUGCAACCGGAGCUGCUGCUGUUACUGCCGGUGAAUAAUACAGACAAGGGAACGGAGUUUGGGUAGCAUGCAGGGAGCCAAAUUAAUAAUGCAUCCUGCUGGGCUACAUUAGUUAGUUGUGCUGGAACCUGUAGCUGCCUACUGUCUGCCCGCCUGCUUGACUUACUGACUCCCCGCCUACCUUCCUGCCUGCCUGCCAGCCUUUUUGCCUGACUGGCGGACUGUCCGACUUAGUCAGAAAAUGUCUCACUACCAUUUCAUCAAAUGCUGUUGCUUCCAGCUAUGUAAUGUCUUUCGUCAGAACAUGGAGAUAGACCAGUGCCUGCUGGAGUCUCUCCCCAUUGGCCAGCGCCAGCGGCUGGUGAGGAGGAUGCGCUGUGACCAAAUAAGGGCGUACUACGAGAGGGAAAAAAGCCUUCAGAGACAACAAGGUGGCCUUAAGGUUCGUGCCCUUGCCACCCAGCGCAAGAAGCAUCGCGUACGCUUCGGCCUCCCUGAUGUCCUACAGGAUGCCAUCAUUCGCCAUGACGACAAAGCAGUGUUGCGUCUCCUGAAGGAGGGAGCAGACCCCAACACUCCCAUCUCUUCUGGCGGAUCUUUGCUACACCUGUGUGCUCGCCAUGACAACGUGUUUGCGGCUGAGGUUCUGAUUGAGCGCGGCCUAAAUGUGAACCUGCAGGACGAGGACCUGUGGACGGCCCUGCAUGUGGCGUGUGUGUGUGACUAUGCAGACCUGGUGCUGCUCCUGCUGCUGUCUGGAGUGAAUGUGCUGCUGCAGGACGUCAACGGAAACAUUCCUCUGGACUACGCAUCCGAGGGAACUGAGACUAGCUACAUCCUCCGAAAACACUUGGAGGAAAAUGGUGUGGAUGUGUCAUCUAUGCAUGCAAUGAAGAUGCAGAGACCAAGCACAAUGCUGUCUGAUGUUAGACAGCUUGUAGCCAAGGGGGAAAGCAUCAACCAGCCCAAUGAUGACGGGGUCACUCUGAUCCACAUAGCGUCUGCCAGUGGUUAUAGAGAGGUGGUGUCUGUGUUGUUGGAGAGUGGGGCGGACCCUCAUCCUGCUGACAACAACUUCUGGACCCCUCUUCACCUGGCUGCUAAAUAUGGACAGACAAGCAUCGUUAGCCAGCUCCUGAGGCACAGAGCAAACCCGACUCUGUUGAACUGCAACCAAGACAAGCCUUCAGACAUUUCCGCGUCAGAGCCCAUAGCUGACAUGCUGCUGAAUGCAGAGGAGAGCUGGCUGCAGAGACUCAAGGACCCCUCCGCUCCUCUACCCCCCACUGACCAACGCUAUGACGGCGGCUCACACGACAUCAACACUCCUGUCAAGAACUUGAACCCCCUGGGUCUCUCUAUCUCUAAGCGUGACAGUCUGCUGGAGAAGUGUGCCAUGUUCAGAGAGGCAGGUGGAGCGCUGAGCCGACAGCCCUCACAGGACAAUGGCCUAGAUGGCCCCUUUAGCUCCGGUGCCAGCAAACUGGAGCAGGUCAAGCUGAUGCCUCCAGCUCCCAAUGACGACCUGGCCUCCCUCAGCGAGCUGACCGACAGCAGUCUGCUCUACGAGAUGCAGAAGCGAUUUGGCAACGAUCAAAUCUACACUUACAUUGGACACAUCCUUCUGCUGGUCAAUCCAAACAAAGAGCUGCCCAUCUACUCCACCUUGGUGAGUCAGUUGUACCUGAGCUCCACGGGUCGUCUGUGCUCCUCUCUGCCGCCUCACAUCUUCUCCUCAGCAGAAAGAGCUUACCACAUGAUGCUGCAGGAGAGACGCCCGCAGUGUUUCAUCUUGAGUGGUGAAAGUGGUUCUGGGAAAACAGAGGCCUGUAAGCACAUAGUGAGACAUCUGACAGCCCGCUCCAGCCCCAAAGGCUUUGCGCUGGAGCCCAGAAUGAAACACGUGAACUGUAUUCUGGAGGCCUUCGGUCAUGCGAAGACGCUGAAGAACAACAACUCGAGCCGCUUUAUCAAACUGCUGACCCUCCAAUACUGUGACAAGAGGAGGACACUGCUCAGAGCCCGUGUGUACGCCCACAUGCUGGAGAAGUCUCGUCUGGUCCACCUGCCUCCUCAGCAACACAGCUUCAACAUCUUCCAUCUGAUGGCUGAAGGCCAGUCGCCUGAGGAGAACAGCGCCCUUUACCUAAACAAUAUCCUGGCUCAUAGGUAUCUUAGUGGAAGACUUUCCGGGGAGAACCCUCCAGUAGCUGCUGCCUCCACCGAGAGCAGGGAACGCCUGGCAGCAGUCAAACAAGCCCUGCGAGCCUUGGGCUUCAACAAGCAGGAGGUUGACUCGGUGUUUACGCUGCUAUCUGCUGUGCUCCAUAUUGGGGACAUAGGUUUUACUGCAUUGACAGAUGCCGAUACAGCCUUCCCUUCUGACCUGCAGCUGCUGGAGAGAGUUGCUGGAUUGUUGCAGGUUUGCUCCGGUGACCUAAGCAAUGCCCUCAUCUCUGACGUUCAGUACUUUAAAGGUGACAUGAUCUCCCGACGCCACACGGUGGAGAUGUCAGAACAGUACAGAGACCAGCUUGCGAAAGCCAUCUAUGGUCGCCUCUUCAGUUAUCUGGUCAACAGCACCAACGACUACCUUCAGGGACAGGACGACAGCAUUGGUGAUCCUGCCCUUGAAAUCGGGAUCUUGGACAUCUUUGGGUUUGAAGAAUUUCAAAGGAAUGGAUUUGAGCAGCUGUGCGUGAACAUGAACAACGAGCGGCUGAGGCAGUAUGUCUCUGAGGUGCUAUUCCAGCAGGAGCAGGCUGAGUGUCUGCAGGAGGGCAUCGCCAUGGAGACCCCCCACUACUCUAGCAACCAAUCAGCCGUCCUGGACUUCUUUCUUGAGAAGCCUCAGGGAUUGCUCUGCGUGUUAGAUGAGGAGAGCCAGAGCCUGCGGCCGGCAGAGCAGAGUCUGUACAAGAGGCUGUCAACGCAGCUGGACUCAUGUCCUACUCAUGGUCUGUCUCUAACAACCAAGGAUGGAAACGGAAACCCACCACCCAAAGAUCAGGGGCCAGCCUUCACUGUCAGCCACUACGCAGGACAGAUUUCAUAUGAUCUCACAGGAUCACUCACAAGAAACAAAGACUCCCUUCCUCAGAAUCUCCUGUUUACGAUGAAGUCCAGUGAGAGAGUGUUACUGCAGCAGCUCUUCCAGUCCAAGCUGACUCAGACUGGUUCCCUGGUGCCAGCUGCCCAGGGCCGCGCCGGGCUGAGGGGGCCUAAAGCCGCCCUGUUGCUCCACAGGAUGCCAUCAUCCUCCCUUGUCACAGUCAGCAGUGUCCCCCAACAGCCCCGGAGGUACCAUGACCUUUCCAAGAUCUUGAAGAAGAAAGGAUCGAGUUCCUUCCUCCAACGGCUGGAGCGCUGUGGGCCCAUCACAGUGGCUGUCCAGCUGAGGAACACACUGUCAGAAGUGAUGAGUAAGCUGCAGGCUUGCACUCCUCACUUUGUGGAGUGUGUGCGCCCCAACACAAGCGGUCAGCCCGAAAGUUUUGACAGCAUCCAUGUGUCCACCCAGCUGCAGUACAUCGGGGUGCUUGAGAUGGUGCGCAUGAUCCGUUAUGGAUACCCUGUCCGCCUCUCCUUCCCCGGAUUCCUCAGCAGAUAUAAAGAUCUCGUGGUCCCGACUUUGGGAGACAAGAAGAAACUGUCCCCUGAAGAAAGAUGUCGCUCCGUUCUGCAACAGUCCAAACUCCAGGGAUGGCAGAUGGGCAGCAGCAAAGUGUUUCUGAGGUACUGGCAGGCUGACCAGCUGAACGACCGCUGCUACCAGCUUCAUAAAAAGAUCAUCACCUGUCAGAAAGUGGUGCGUGGCUGGCUGGCCAGACAGCGUGUUCAUCGCCGGCUGUCAUCACAGCAGAAAGAGGAGGGCGGUGUGCAGCGUUUCCUGCAGGGGGCAGAAGACUUGGGGAUGCGAACCUACGACCACUUGGUCAUCCAAAAUGCUUCCGACAUCGCACGAGAGAGCGAUCGCCUGCGCUGCCAUGGCAACAGCCUUAUCAACACCCUUGGCAAUAGCCCACCACUUGGUGAGAGGCCUGAGCCGGUGGGCAAGGAGGAGGAUCAGCCCAUCAAGAGGGUUGUGGAGAAAAGCGGAAAAGCUUACGAUGGUCCUGUCAAUGGGGGUGGUCGAGUUAUUCGCCAUUUUCGGUCUAGCUCAGUACCCAUCCCUCUCGCCAUGGAGAACAUGUUCCCUUCCACAGCCAGUCCACCCAUCAAACCAGCCCUGCAGCAGGUGGCUCAUACCAACGAGGAAGGGGCAGGCGGGGGAGCUCUCUCCUCCCCUCGCAAGCAACCUCCGCCCAAACCAAAGAGGGACCCCAACACCCGCCUGAGUGCGUCUUAUGAAGCUGUCAGUGCAGGGUUGACGAUGUCAGCCAAAGAGAGUCCCACUCCAGAGGGAUAUGGUUCCCCAGCUGGAAGCCCUCCUAAAUCCCAGCUGUCACCCACAGACCCAGCAGCCUUGUGCAAGCCCCGUCCCCAUAGUGAUGACUAUACAACCAUGAGGAAGGUGCCACCCCCCAAACCUAAACGCAGUCCCAACACCAAGCUGUCGGGCUCGUAUGAGGAGAUCAACGCUGUAGCUCCGCACAUCCACCAGCUGCGUCCUGCUGAUGUAAAACUGGCCCUGCUCUCCCGGGCCGGGGGAUUCGGAGGCUUUGGUGGUUUAUUGCAGAAAGCAGCAUCUGUAGAUGUCCCACAAGGGCUAGGGCUGAGCCUGUACCACGGCCAAGACGAAGAGGACGUGUACAUAGAGAUGUUAGGCUCCCAGCAGCGGACUCGGAGCCUCCAGGAGCCUCCUGAUAGUCCGGAGCUGGACGACUCUGAGGCCGUCUAUGAAGAGAUGAAGUAUUUCCCUAAUGAAGAUGGUGCAAGUCCUGCCACUGUGGUAAGCAAGGCGGCCAAACUGGAGGCUCUUGGCUUGAACCUGGUGGGAUUAGGGCCGUCUCCCCCUCAUAGCGGGGAGAUCAAACGGAUGGCGGCAGGGUUGACGGCUGCUAUGGACAUCACUCACUCACAGAGCAGUGCCAACAGCGGCAAAGACGGCAGCUGCGACAUCCCUGCUCCCUUCCCCAAUUUGCUCCCCCACCGUCCACCUCUCCUGGUGUUUCCCCCCUCCCCCGUAACCUGCUCUCCUGCUUCAGAUGAGUCUCCCCUCACCCCACUAGAGGUGAAGAAGCUGCCGGUGUUUGAGACUAACCUGAACUAUGCUACUGGCCCAGACAGCCCCCUGUCUCCACAGUACGCCCGCCAAAGGGCUGACUCCUCCCCUAGCCUCACUGUCCUCAUGCCAGACAAGAAGUCCACCCCUCCACUCACCCCUCCACCUCCACCUCCUCCCCCCAACGCCCUGCCUCCCCCCUACAGACCGCCAUCACACUUCCCCUUCCCACCUGAGACCAACUUCCAGGGUGUGACCAGAUGUGUCACAGGAAGCUCAGACCCCCCCAAAACCUCAUCCUCUCAAAGGGUAAGUGGGGAGCCCCUGGGGAAGCCCCCUCCCUACUCCCCAGCGAAGAUGACUCGUCCUGAGCCUCGGAGGGCUCACUCGUGCUCCUCCUCUCCCCUGCUGUUCAACCCAGCCAAUGGCAGACCCCUGACCAGCCCCCUGGAUGAGCUCAACACUCUGUUCAGCUCGGGACGCAGCCUGCUGAGGAAGCCCAGCUCCGGCCGCAAGACAAGAGAUGGAGGAUUCAAUUCUAAUAUCAAUCUGCCGGGGAGGGAAGAAUGUGGCUCUGCUCCCAACUCACCAUCUGUGCAGCUACAGGACAAGAACGCCAACAACCACACACACCCUCACUCCCAAAGCCCCGCCCCCGUAGAGAACGGCAACCAGAUUUCCAACGGGUCGCUGGAGGAUGAGAGUCACAGCAAGUCAAACUCCUCAAGCUCCGCUUCUCUACACAGACACAUGGACAGCCAUCAUACUCAGGUGUUCCAGCGGUUACGUCUGUCCAACGGGGAUGAGAGCGCUACCCUCGGGGAGCUUCUGCGAUGGCGGCGAGUUCAGUGUGAGGGGCGGGGUGACUGGAAGCACCGUCCACCUCAGCCUCCACCCCAGCCCCCCACGCUGCUCUGGACCAACAGGAAGGCCUCUCCAUGACAGAGGUGGUAUGCAGAUGCAGCACCUCUCUCUUUUUCACUCCAGCCAGAAUCAGACAUCUUUUUGUUUUGUUUUUUGUGGACCAAGUUACCUCCAUGCCCAGGAGCUGUGUUAGAGCUCCAUGUCCGAAAGUAUGAGCCUCGUCCCUGGGCUGAAGGUCCUGCCUCUGCGCCUUUGACCUUGACUGUGGAGGAUCCCAUAACCUAAAUGAUACAAACUAACACUCUGUAACGCUUACAGGUGUUAUCUAUGAAAAAACACAGUGGGAUACAGACACAGUAAAAGUCUAUAGAGAUCCAGAUUUUAUUAUUAGAAAGAGACAUAUUAUUAUUUAUUUUCAGUUCUUCUAAGACAAAAUGUAUGAUGUCCAUAAAUGGGUGAUUGAAUAUAAGAGCAGACGAUUUCUGUUUUCAUAGUCCAAUAUUAAAUGGCCCUUUUACUCAGUCUGUAUAAUAAACAGAGGAGCUCCACCCCAGAACAUGGUGCUGAUUAUACUUGACUUGCUGUCCUGUGAUGUUCCCAUGAAUGCUUGUGCGUGCGCCCCCGAGUCUCAGACCUCUCUGAAGUUUACAAGUCAAACAGCGCCUUUGUACGGGAUUAGACAUGGGAACUUUUCAGGUACAGCUCUCACUUUGCCUCUCACAUUCGGGCACUAAGUGCUACUGCAGCCCUGGCGAUUUGAGACCAGGGGUCAGGGUAACCUCAAUAAUAUCCCACGGUGCAUUUCUCUUCCUCAUUGUUACCACCAGCCUUUGAGGAAUAAAAACCUCCGGCCAAAACAGAAACUACUGCACUUACCUUUACCAGGAUAAGGGGAUCCAACAAAAAGAAACUACUGUGGUUUAAGGUAUAAAGGUAAAGCUUUAGCUGACAGGUAUAUAGUUCAUGUUUUGAACAUGGAACUCUGUGCCAAAGUGAUACAACUUGCAAAAGAUACGUCUAAAAUAAUAAGUAGAGUUAUUUAAAAAAUACUCAUAUACAUACUGACAUGAAUGACCAAAUCAUAGCUGUUACUGUGCUUCAGUGUUGAUUCAAAGGACCGUUUCUCAAGAUCAGAAGAACAUGGCGGAAAGAAGUAAAAAACUACAGUCUACACUUGAAAAGUAGCAACUAAACUCUCAUUGUACACCUUAACAGUUUCAUGUGUUCGGUGUUGUUCAGGAGACUGUGCAGAGCUCAGGAACUCACGCACAGAUGAACUGGAUUAUUGUAUAGACGCCCCUCACCUUCAUCUCCUUCUCCUCCGGACCCCAACAAACACACCUCUCUCCCACCUCCCAUUUCUAGUGGAUCAAACCGGCUCUACGGGUGUUUCCAUGAUGACGGCUUUGUAAAUAUUGACCUGUGUUGUAUGUUCUAGCUUGUACUGUAUAUUAGAAGAGCACCGAGAUUGAAUUGAAAGAGGGAGAGAUGAGAUAAUGCUGUCUAUGAUGGUGAACUGAGAUUUAAGAAUGUCUUGGGUUAGAUGCAAUGACUGAGGUAAAGAGAAGAGGUUUAUUUUAAAAUGUGAAUAUCUUUUUUUCAGAAUGAUUGUCUAUGGCUAUAAAAUUCUUUAUACUCUAUUUAAUACCCCCCCGGCCCCUUUGUUCUGUUCCUAUGAAGCAAGGCAGAUGUUUUCAUUGUAUUUGGAUGUUUUAUUGCACAAUAUUUAUGUGGUGUUGUGUUGACUUCUGUAAUGGGCUGGGCGUGUCUCAACAAGCUUUUUUGAUCUUUAAAUAUCGGUCGGGAUUGUUAGAGCCGCAAAGUGUCAAUAGCUCUAAUUGAUUUCUCAUUCCCACUGAUCACCCACAAUGUGUCUGAUUGAUUCAGCCAUACGAAUUAGCAGCGCUAUCACAGGAUCGAUCUCAGCUGCUGUCAGUGCCCAAAUAUUCAAGAGGAAUUAGAGGGAGAUCACCGAUACUCACAGCAGAGAUGGCUGAGCUGCAUUUUGGACUGACUGGCUGAAUGUAUAAUAGCAACGUUUUCUUUCACUGCCUGAAACCCUGUGUAUAUUAUUACUGGAACAUGCGCCUGUAUCUAAACACUGACUGCUUAAUGUGAUUUAUUGUCUUCAGAAGUUGUGUACGCAGGCCAUUUUUUUUAAAAAGCAAGUUAAUAACGAUGCAGCAUUUCUGAUAAGGUAUGGAUUUGCUCCCUGAUUCACAGCCUGUGUGCUGAGAUUUGGGGUUGCAUGAGUAGCACUGCAAGGCAGAACUAUGUCAAACAUUUUCAUCAUGAUUCAGCCGAGAUCAAGCUACUCAACCUUGCCAAUGCCAAUGAAAGAAAACGUAGAGCCUGUGUAUUAGUCCUUUAUCAUGAUCAGAGAUCUGGUUAGUCGUGUGCAUUACGGUUUUGUGUGAUUCCAUGUUUACUGAAAUCAUGAAAUGAGAUUAAUUGUUUUUUUAUUGUCUUUUAAAGCAUAUCAAGCUUUUACCUUUGCAUGACCACAUGUUGGGCCUGGCCCUUUAUAACGUGCUCAUGCUGAAAAGAUAAAUAUGGCUUUAUAAUGUGAAGAACUGCUUCCCACUGCACUGUGAGUCAUUGCACUGUCCCCUGUCUGUCAUCUAAACACUCGUCAUCCAUUUACGUCCACCUUUAACUGGACCGCUCCAUCAUUUACAAUCCCUGAUGAUGUCUCUCAGUCUGUCGUAAGCAAAACAGAGCUCUGGCAGCCAGUCAUUGUUGUUGGUCAGGAAUCUAUAAAUCCUCUGCUCUGAAAUCAACUCUCGGGUGUUACAGCCAGUGCAGAGUGGCCAUUUUAUCGUCCCCAGUCCAUGUAUAGUUGUCCGGAGAGACACAAUGUUUUAGCACCUAAACAGGGGUAUCUCACUGCCUUUCAUAGUGUUGUCGUUUUUUUUUUUAUUGUUGUUGUCUUUCCUUUGUACAUGACAACAGUAUAUUUGAACCUGCAUACAUAUGUGUUUGUGGAAAGAAAAAAGAUUGUAUGUGAUCUUUCAUAAUUAUUAUGUUACCAAUGUUUUAUAAGUACUGUACCUGUACAGCAAUAAAGCACAAUUGUGUCAAUGCCA